AUGGCUCGAGUCGUUCUUGUCGCGGAGCACGGAAGCACAAUUGAAGUUCGAGCUCCAAUCGAUCCCGGGGCUCAGAGAAGUUUUGUUAUAGAGUCGGUUAUCGCGGAUCUUGGUAUUAGAGGACUGCCGUCGUCGUGCUCAGUCGUUGGUUUUGGGGAAAGCGAAACGAAACCAAUAGGUUAUAUGGAGCCAGUUCCAAAGCAUGAUAGUAAUAAAUCGUCGUACUACAUGCCACACCAUGCCGUUUUUCGCCAAGGGAACCCGGAUAAAAUUCGUGUAGUUUUUAACGCCUCACAGCGGGCAUCGUCGGGUCAGUCUUUAAAUGACUUUCUCUUGCCAGGGGCGAAGCUCCAAUUGGAUAUAACAGUCGUCAUUAUGCAUCAUGAUGAUAUCGAUUGGCAGCGAAUAGUUUGGAGGCUGGAUCGCUCUCAACCUAUUCAAGACUACAGGGCAACAACCGUGACGUAUGGCACCGCUUUGGCGCCGUAUUUGGCUCUCAGAGUUCUCCAGCAGCUGGCUCAUGACGAGGGUGGUGCAUAUCCGGAAGCGGCAAUCAUCCUACGUCAUCAGAUGUAUGUCGACGAUGCAUUCGGCGGAGCUGACGACGUGGGGUCUGCUCUACGCUGCAGGGAUCAGCUCAUCACGGUUUUGAAAUCGGCUGGCAUGUUGUUGAGUAAGUGGGCGGCCAACGAUGCUGCGCUGUUGGGAGGCUUGGACUCGCUGGCUGACUCUGAAAUUGCGUUCAAAGUCGAGGAGAGUGUAUCUGCUCUGGGACUUUUGUGGCAGCCAAGGGACGACGUCUUUGGUUUUAGAAUUGAAUGGGCAUCAGCUGGAUCGGAGCUGACCAAAAGAGGAAUUCUUUCAGAUAUUUCACGAUUAUUUGAUCCUAUGGGUUGGCUGGCCCCUGUAUUGAUUACAGCGAAAAUUGUGUUACAGGAUGUUUGGCUUUCAGGGGUCGAUUGGGACGAUCGCGUGCCUGGAGAGCUGUGUAAGAAAUGGUCUGGUUUUCGAUCGUUGCUCGGAGAUCUUACUAAGAUCAAAAUACAGAGGUGGAUUGGAGGGGCCGAAACAGAUGGAUGGACUUUGCAUGGCUUUGCAGACGCUUCCAAGCGCGCAUAUGCGGCAGCAAUAUAUGCUGUACUACCCGGAUGCUCGUCUACUUUAUUAAUAGCAAAGACAAAGAUUGCACCAGUCAAGGUGCAAUCACUUCCUAGGCUUGAAUUAUGUGGUGCUCAUCUGCUGGCUCGCUUAAUUGGAGGUACCCUGGCUCGGUUGAGAAGACCGCCGGACGAAAUUCACUUAUGGACAGAUUCAAGGGUGGUUUUGGAUUGGCUGGCCUCGCACCCGUCUCGCUGGCAGACAUUUGUUGCCAACCGUGUUAGCGAGAUAGUAUCAUCGCUUCCCCAGGCACAAUGGCAUCACGUCCGUUCGGCUCAGAAUCCUGCAGACUGCGCUACUCGAGGAGUCACGCCGGCUCAGCUCUCAACGCAUGAUCUCUGGUGGAGGGGACCUGCUUGGUUGGUUCUAUCAAGUUCAGAAUGGCCAAUGCUCGACGUCGGUGAUCGUGCGGAAUCGUUAUUGGUGGAGCAGAGGGAGGCUGAAGUUGCUGUGCUUCCGAGAUCGUCACCCUUGGCACGUCUGACACCCUUCGUAUGUCAUCAGGGCCUUAUUAGAGUCGGGGGCAGGCUCCAGGAAUCGUCACUAUCAUUUCAAGAGAAGCAUCCAGUGAUCUUGCCAGGCAGAAGUUUGUUAGUGAGACGACUCAUCGAAGAGGUCCACGCUCUUACACUUCAUGGGGGCACUCAACUGAUGUUGUCUCAUAUUGGCCGUUCGCUGUGGAUAAUUCAGGGUCGACGGGUGGUAUCCGGCGUUUUUCAUCGCUGUGUGAGGUGUCUGCGGUUUUCUCAGCAACGCACUCAGCAGCAGAUGGCCCCUUUGCCAGCAAUACGACUGGAGCCGCAGCGUCCUUUUGCAUCUGCAGGCGUAGAUUACGCGGGCCCUGUACCGGUGUUAUUUUCGAGAGGUCGAGGAGCAAAAGCUACAAAGGGCUAUAUCGCAAUUUUUGUUUGUCUUGUGACUAGAGCAGUCCACAUCGAGAUUGUGUCGGAUCUAUCAACGGGGGCAUUUUUGGCAGCCUAUUCAAGGUUCGUGGCUCGUAGAGGAUGCUGUUCUGUGAUCUACUCCGACAACGCAACGAAUUUCCGAGGGGCGGCGGUGGAGCUCAAUAGAAUGUUUUCAGUCUCUUCAAAGUUUAUCGGAGAAGUCGCAAGUCAUCUGGCACUGAAAGGCACGUCAUGGAAAUUCAUCCCUCCCCGCGCCCCGCAUUUCGGGGGCUUGUGGGAAGCAGCAGUGCGCAGCUUCAAAUUUCAUCUUCGCCGUGCAAUGGGAAGCGCCACUUUGACCUUCGAGGAGCUAUCAACGCUUGCAGCUCGUAUAGAGGCGUGCUUAAAUUCACGUCCUCUCUGUACUCUUAGUGGAGACGCUUUGGAUCAUCUGGCGUUGACUCCUGGACAUUUUUUGGUCGGAUCUGCUUUGCUGUCGUAUCCUGAGCCGUACGAUGAGUCACAUUGUUCCACUAGUUUGAAUCAUCGCUGGAAGCAGAUUGUUAAUAUCCGAAACUCAUUUUGGUCUCGUUGGCGAAAAGAGGUGUUGAAUCAGCUUCAACAGCGCAAUAAGUGGCUUAAGCAGGCUCCAAACAUCGAACAGGGGGACGUCGUAUUGGUUAAGGACGAGCUUGCUCCACCAGCUCAGUGGCCAUUGGCACGAGUACUGCAGGUUCAUCCAGGAAAAGAUGGUUUGGUACGAGUGGUUACCUUAAAGACAUCAAAAUCGGUUUUCCUACGCCCCGUGGUCAAGCUUAUUCGAUUACCUACCGAGUCGCAGGCUGAAGAAUGUUUAAGUAAAAUUAAAUCAGGACAAGAAAAGUGA